AUGGCUUGUGUGGUUGUACUUUCUCUUAUGAGGACGCUAGAGCUUGAGUUCUUGCAACCUCUCCCUCGUCCAAUUCUACAACAAAACCAACUCAUCCCUUGCAACAAAGACUUGGUCCUAUCUCUCCACAAAAAGCUUGGAUUUCUGAUGGAACUAUUCGAUGAGAAUAGAAUGGAUGGUGUUGAAGCAAUAAAAGAGUUGGAAACAAAGCUCAGAGAUGUAGCUUCCAGGAUUGAAGAUGAAAUUGAACUUCAAGUAGUACAUCUUUAUGUGGAAGAAAAAAAAAGAGAGAAAGAAGAAGAAGAAGAGGAAUUAAGAAUUUUUCAAGGAAUUUUUGAUAUUUUUGAGAAAAUUGUGUAUCAUGAAUUUUGGCCACGGGAAAAUCACGUUUAUGUAGAAAUGCCACAAGGUGAGAAAAGCACUCAUCAUUGCCAAAGCCUUCGUCAGACAAGUACUCAUCAUUGCCAGAGGCUUCAUCAAAUUUUGCAUCCCCUAAGUGGAAAAUCACAUCCUUGUCUCAAAUUCCGUCGUAUUUUGCACCCAGCUCUACAACACAUUGAUGCCAUCACUCAAGAGUUGACGAAAGCCUACCAGCUUUUCAAACAUCAUCUACAAGCUGGAAAAAAGCAAUCUGCCUCCCUUCAAGUUUUACCAAUACCUACUCGUCAAGGUAUCACCAUGCCUGAUUCUUCCCACCAUGCUUCACGCUCCAAACAAAUAAUGGUAGGAAAACAGGAUGAGUUCGAGAGUAUAAAGGAGAUGCUAAUCCAACAUCCAUCUAAGCAACGAGAAGUUGUCCCCAUUAAAGGUAUGGGAGGUAUUGGUAAGACAACAUUAGCAAAGAAAAUUUAUGAAGAUCUAUCAAUCACUUCCCACUUUGAUAAGCGAGCAUGGACUAUUGCAACACAGCAUCACAGUAAGAGGCAAAUGCUCUUAGAUCUUCUUGGUUCGAAAGACAAUAAUGCGAACCUAGCAUUGCGACUCUACCAAAGUUUAAAGUGUCAAAGGUACUUGGUUGUAAUGGAUGACGUAUGGAGCAAAGAGGCAUGGGAUGCUGUCAAAGCUUGCUUUCCCGAUGAUGGAAAUGGUAGUCGAGUAUUGUUGACAACUCGCCUUGCAGAGGUGGCUAAUCAUACCUGCUCCAAAGAUGACUUUUCUCAUCAAAUGCAAUUGUUAGAACAAAGUGAGAGUUGGCAACUAUUUAAUGAAAAGGCAUGUGAAUCUCGCCAUGUUGAAUUUGAGACGAUUGGAAGACCGGUAGUUGAAAAAUGCAAAGGACUGCCUUUGGCAAUCAUUGUGGUUGCAGGCCUUUUUUCCAAACUCAAUACACUAGAUGAAUGGAAAAAUACUGCCAAUGCUCUAAGUUCUUCAGCAACUACUCUAGAUGAUGAAGAAUGUUCGAGAAUACUUUCAUUGAGUUACAAUCAUUUGCCCCACUACUUGAAAGCUUGUUUCUUAUAUUUGGGAGUCUUUCCAGAAGAUCACGAGAUCAAUGCUAAUGAACUUGCAAAGUUAUGGCUUGCGGAAGGAUUUGUAAAGGCAUUUGAGAAUGAAAGCUUUGAUGCAGUGGCUAACAGGUACAUGCAAGAACUUAUGGAUAGAAACCUAAUAAUUUUAAGUGAGCUAUGCUCUCGUGGAAGAAAAAUUAAGAGGUUUAGGAUGCAUGAUUUAUUGCAUGGCUUUUGUGUGAGAGAAGCUCAAAAAGAUAACCUUUUACAUGUUGUCAUGAGUGAAAAUAGGUUUGAUUUCCCUCAGAAAGGCUUUCGCUGGAUAAGCAUCCAAUCUGUAAACUUUGACAUGUCUACAAUACAACAUUAUACUUUGAAAAGCUAUAGAUCGUUCUUCAGUUUCGUGUGCAGGGGAUCAUCUUCAGAUUUUAGAAAGGGCAAUCUACUGAGAGUAUUCUUUAGUGAUGAUCAAUUUUUCGAGCUCAACAAUAAUUUGGAUACUGUCCAUUUGAGAUUCCUAAAAGUUAGAAAUGAUAUAGAACUAUCCCAGGCUCAAGGAUUCCUAAAGUCAGGAUGUACAAAGAGUUUAGAAUUGUCAAGGUGUUGGAAUCUUCAAACACUUUAUUGUCUUGAAAGAGUAUCAUAUGGAUUAGAUGGAGAAGGGAAGUUUUCGGAGUUUCCACAAUUACACUAUAUUCAUUGCAAUCGCUCUUUUUGUGGAAAUCCUCCCAAUUUUGUUCAUAAACUUUAUGGGAUAAGAGCUUAUGAUUGCUUAGACGAAUACAUUACCAAUAUUCCAUGUCUGAAGAAGGUACGUAUUCAAGGUGAAGAAAUAAAGAUAAAUGCCCGCAUUGUGAACCUAGCCUAUUUCGAGCAGCUCGAGGGACUUUGGAUUUCAAGUUUGCCUGCAGCACAUGCUCUAAUUAAUACUGAUAUUGUUCUCUUGAAAAACCUUAGGAAGUUGUCAUUACAUUAUACGAAAUUUGAAUGGGAACAGAUUAAUUUUCUUAGCAAGUUACCUAGGCUAGAGGUGCUCAAGUUACUAUGGAAGUCAUGUCUAGGCAAAGAAUGGGAAAUACAAGAGGAAGUGAUAUUUUGCGAGUUAAUUGCUUUAGUUAUCUGUUGUUGUGAUCUCAAGCAUUGGAAAGCUAGUAGUCAUAAUUUCCCAAAACUUGAGCACCUGCAUAUUAGGUAUUGUGAUAAAUUGACAGAGAUCCCAAUUGACUUUGCUGAAAUUUCAUCAUUGAAGUCAAUUGAAUUUUGGAAAUGUCUUCCUUCUGCCGUGAAAUCAGCCAAGAAAAUUCAGGAUGAGCAACAUGACUCUGGAAACUAUGAUAUGGUUGUUAUUGAGAUAGAAACAUUAGAUGUUUUGGAAUCUGAGGAAAGAAGAGCCUGA